AAUUUUUCUUCUUUACUCUUUCUGUUUACAUCAUAUAUCACGAGAAUGGCAAAGAAGGCGAUGGAGAAAGGAUUUAAGCUGAUUCUUGGUUCUCAGUCGAUGGCGAGAAAGCAGAUUUUGGCUGAAAUGGGCUAUGAUUUCACUAUUGUGACUGCAGAUAUUGAUGAGAAAGCUAUUAGGAAAGAGAAGCCUGAAGAUUUGGUUGUGGCUAUUGCUGAAGCCAAAGCAAAUGAGAUUAUAUUGAAAUUGGGAGGUGAAAGUCAGUUUGCACAAGAUUCUCAACCAACUCUAUUGAUUACUGCAGAUACUGUUGUUGUGUACAAAGGUGUCAUCAGAGAAAAACCAACCAGUAAAGACGAAGCUCGCGAGUUUAUCAAAGGCUAUUCAGGGUCACACGGAGGCGUUGUUGGAUCUGUUCUUGUGAGAAACUUGAAAACUGGAGUUAGAAGAGGAGGAUGGGACAAAGCAGAGGUUUAUUUCCAUGAGAUACCAGAACAUGUCAUCGACGAUCUUAUUGAUGAUGCUAUAACUUUCAAGGUUGCUGGAGGUUUAAUGCUUGAGCAUCCCCUCAUUUCACCUUUUAUCGAUUCUGUGGUGGGAGGAGUUGAUACAGUCAUGGGACUUCCUAAAGAACUUACUGAAAAAUUCAUUAAUGGUGUGUUGUAGCUCAAGAGGCUUUUGAUUAUGUUGGACGGAUUAGAUUAAUACUUUUUGUUUAUCUAAUCAAUCAUUUAUAUUGUA